AUGUCGCGAGUACCGACCAUCAGAGAUGUGAUACCCGGUAAACUCGUCAACAUCAUCUUGAAGGCCGACCAAACAACAGGCCGAACAGUCUCAGGGACCGUAGCCACGCUUCUAACGCGUGGCGACCACCCUCGUGGGAUCAAAGUCCGGCUCACUGAUGGUCGUGUUGGCAGAGUCCAGUCGAUGGUGGCUGGAGGAGCAGGGAAUGGGGCUUCUUCCCAAACGACGACUGCUCCUAUGCUUCCUACUUCACGUGUCGCCGCGUCUGCGGUGGAACCUCCCUCCCAGACGAUUGGCCUGGACGCGUACAUCACGAAGCCUCGGCGACGAGGGAAGGGUGGGAAGCAUGCAAACAGCCAGCAGUCCUCGGGUGGUAACGAGGAAGAGCAAGCAGCCUGUUCUUCGGAGGCUGUGACUUGUCCGGUUUGUGGCGAUUUUGAAGGCGAUGAAGCUGCUGUUGCACACCAUGUGUCAAGCCAUUUUGGUGAUUGA